AUGGCUCCUACGAUGAAUGCGUUGUACUACCACAAGCCCCGCGACUUCGAAGUGCGACAAGUUCCGAUUCCCCAAGUCGGGAACGAUGAAGUGCUCUUCAAAGUUAUUUGCUGCGGAGUCUGCGGCACCGACGGACAUGUGCAUGAAGGAGAAUUCAUCACCAAGUUUCCGCUGAUCCCCGGGCAUGAAGUCGUCGGCAUCAUCGUAGACUUUGGAGGGAAUGUCAAGGGUUUCACCAAAGGCGAUCGCUGCGUCGCUGACCCCGGCGUUACGGCAAGUCCCCACCCGUACGUUACUAACUUCCUAGGCCGGGGAGUGAGCUUGGACGGGGGGUUCAGCGAAUAUAUUAUUUUCGGGGCAGAGAAGGUAUAUAAAAUCCACAAUCUGACGGACGAGGAAGCGACGCUGUGCGAGCCAGCGGCGUGCGCGAUCCACGGCAUGGACAAGCUCGCAUGCCCGGUGGGCGUCGACGCGCUCGUGAUCGGGGCGGGCCCCACGGGACUCAUCCUCGCGCAGCUGCUCAAGCUCAACGGCGCCAUGCGUGUUGUCAUCGCGGCCAACAAAGGGAUCAAGACGCAGAUUGCACGGCAGCUCGACGCCGGCGAUGAGUAUAUCGAGUUGGACAGGGAGAAUCCCGAGACGCAGUGGGAGAAGCUCAAGAAGGAGAACCCGUAUGGGUUUGAUGUAGUCAUCGAGGCUACCGGCUCGGAAAAGAUUGCGAACGAAGCUAUCAACUACGUACGAAGGGGCGGUACUCUCAUGAUCUACGGCGUCUACGACAACGCCGCGCGUGUGCACUGGGCACCUUCUAAGAUCUUCGGCGAUGAAAUUAGGAUUAUUGGCUCGUUCGCCCAAACGUACUGCUUCCCCCGCGCAGUGCACUACCUCGAUAGCGGCAAGAUCAGGGUGAGGGGCAUGGUGACGGAUGUGUUCACCAUCGGAGACUACCAGAAAGCCCUGGAUAAGAUGAAUAGCCGUGGUGCGCUGAAGAUCGCGGUGAAGCCGUAG